AUGGCCGCCAACAACAAGGGCAAGAUGGCCAACCUCAUCAACUACCGGAUGAGAGUUACGCUCAACGAUGGUCGCCAAAUGACCGGCCAGAUGCUGGCCUUCGAUAAGCACAUGAACCUUGUUCUCGCCGACACAGAAGAAUUCCGUCGCAUCAAGCGGAAGUCAAAGCCCGCCGCUGGCUCCACUGCCACCCCACAGGUCGAAGCGGAGGAGAAACGAACCCUCGGUCUGACUAUCGUGCGCGGUGCCCAGGUUGUUUCCUGCUCCGUCGACGGACCCCCUCCUGCCGAUCCCUCUGCUCGUCUCGGUAACACUGGCCCCGGUAUUGGUGCCGCUGCCACUCUCGCUGCCGGUCCUGGUGUCAGCAAGCCCGCUGGUCGUGGCCUGCCCAUUGGACUCGGUGGUCCUGCUGCUGGUGUCGGUGGCCCACCUCCCCCCGGUGGCUUCGGUGGUUUCCCUCCCGGUGGUUUCCCCGGUGCGCCUCCUCCUGGAUUCGCUGGUCGCGGAGGACCCCCAGGCGGACCUCGUAAGUUCUCUGGAAUAAUACCCUGA